UCCCCGAGCGCGCGGCCGGUGGAGGGUGGAGGGUGGAGGGUGGAGGGUGGAGGUCCCCCCGCACUGAACCACCGCAGCGGGCCCCGAGCCCUCCCGGCCGCCCGGGGUGACCUUGCAGGAGGCGCCCGCGCGGAGGCCCCACGCGCGUCCCCCGAGCCAGGCCCGCAGCUCCGCGCGCUCCGGGCCCGGGGAUGCGCCGCUCCGGGCGCGCGUGACCACCGCAGGCCGCGGACGCCAGUGAGUCUCCGCCACCGCCCCCCAGGUCCCAUCCCCGGGCCUUGGGCACCUCCUUCCAGCUGCCAUGGGGACCACCGAGGCGACGCUCCGCAUGGAGAAUGUGGAGGUGAAGGACGAGUGGCAGGACGAAGGUCUCCCCAGGCCCCUCCCAGAAGAUGCAGAGGUGGAUUCGCUUGGUGGCCCAGGAGAAGAUGUGGCCUCACCCCCUAACACACUGAACUUCAGUGGAGCUCACCGCAAACGCAAGACGCUGGUGGCCCCCGAAAUUAACAUCUCCCUGGACCAGAGCGAGGGGUCUCUCUUGUCUGAUGACUUCCUGGACACCCCCGAUGACCUGGACAUCAAUGUGGACGACAUCGAGACCCCAGAUGAGACGGACUCACUUGAGUUUCUGGGGAAUGGCCAUGACCUGGAGUGGGAAGAUGACACCCCCGUGGCUGCUGCCAAGAACAUGCCAGGGGACAGCGCAGAUCUAUUUGGGGACGGUGCGGCUGAGGAUGGAAGCGCUGCCAAUGGGCGGCUGUGGCGGACAGUCAUCAUUGGGGAGCAGGAACAUAGGAUCGACCUGCACAUGAUCCGGCCCUACAUGCGGGUGGUGACCCAUGGUGGGUACUACGGGGAAGGCCUCAAUGCCAUCAUCGUCUUUGCUGCCUGCUUCCUCCCGGACAGCAGCUCGCCUGACUACCACUAUGUGAUGGAGAAUCUAUUUCUGUACGUCAUCAGCAGCCUGGAGCUUCUUGUGGCUGAGGACUACAUGAUCGUAUACCUGAAUGGGGCCACACCACGCCGCAGGAUGCCGGGCCUAGGCUGGCUAAAGAAGUGCUACCAGAUGAUUGACAGGAGGUUGCGGAAAAACCUCAAGUCCUUGAUCAUCGUACACCCGUCCUGGUUCAUCCGCACCGUGCUGGCAGUGUCCCGGCCCUUCAUCAGCGUCAAGUUCAUCAACAAGAUUCAGUACGUACACAGCUUGGAAGACCUCGAGCGGCUGAUCCCCAUGGAACAUGUCCAGAUCCCCGACUGUGUGCUACAGUUUGACCAGGAGCGACUCAGAGCCAGGAGGGAGAGUGUACGACCACAGCCAGACUUUGGCCUGCCCAGGUGUGAAGAAGAGGAGCCAGAGUCAGCGGUGGUGGCAGCAGAAGACCACAAUGGGUCAGUCCCGGCUUCAGAAGAGGCAGAAACGAGCAUGUCCUAAGGUAACCUGAGACAGGAAAACAUGAAAGAAGAAUUCAGACACCAAGAAACCUCCGAGAUGCCCCGCAAUCCCAGAUCUCACCCCUGCCUCAUCCCUGUUAGAGGGUCCCGUCUCCUCCAUCCACCUCUGAAACCCAUCAGUCUUUCUAGUCAUUUGCAAAUGAAAACAGCUGAACUACAGCAUUCCAGAAAGGGGCCGGCCCCCAGCCCUCAGUCCUUCUGAGAUGGUGGCAAAAAAGAGCAAGAGCAAAGUGGUGCCCUUUGACAGGGUGCCCCUGUCACUGGAGACCCUGCCUGGCUCCUGCCCCCUCCCCCCCUCCGAGAUCUGAGAUUCUCCACCCCACUGCACAAAGCCCUGGUCUGUCACUCUUCUCUCCCCUCUGUAGAUGCCUGCUCACUCUCUGGCAGGCUCUGGGUUUGUUUGUUUGUUUGUUGUGCCUUUGCCCCCAGCAGGGUGUCCUGGGCAUCUAGCCAGGAUGCCCCCCAUGGCGCCACCAUCUCUCCUAACCCCUCUCAGAGUGUCGGGUCCACAGCACAAUUGUCGUGUGCUGCCUGUCAGUCUUGUUGGCAGCUGUGAAACCAGCCUCCACCCUCAUUCUAGAUCAUUCUUUGGGCACAUACCGGCCAGGCAGUCAGAGUCAAACCUCUGUCUGUCUUCUCCCACUUACCCCAGCCCACCCCCAACACCUCCUCUUCCCCCCACAGUGAGCUUGAGAAACUGACUCUGAAACAGACUUUUCCUGGACAUUCUGUAGAGGUGUGGGGGCCUGUACCACUGAGUGGAUGGUCAUUGGGACUGAGAGCCCCCCGUGCUGCAGGCACAGGAGGCGGGUUCCCCUUUGAGGGAAGAGAUGCUUUCCCAGCGAGGGUUCAGACACUGGCCAGCUGGGAGCGAGUUGCCUGUUGCUGGAGGCAUGUAAAGUCCAUUCCUGAAUAUGUUGCUCCAGAUCUAAGGGAAAGUCUAGCAGACUCUUCAGGUCCUUGGUGAGUGUCCCCAGCCUGGAGUUGUAGAGACUGAGGUUCUGGGCCUCAGUGUAUGUUCUUGGGCUGGGCAGGGAACAGGUACCUGGCAACCCA